AAAUAUAGAGCCAUCCAGCUUUUAUACAAUUAAUAAGGUAAAUAUAGCAAGGGUUUGAUCCCUGAAUUAUUCACGUCUUCUUGGGGAAUUCAUUCCAAUGGCUCGUCUGUUAUUAAUUUUUUCAGCGCUCACAGCUCUAGUCCUCCCCUCAUGCCCACAAGCUUCCACAUCCACCCCCACCUUCAAUCCAAAGCACAACAAUUUCACCGAUGGGCAAGCACUUCUCUCCUUCAAAUCCAUGGUAUCCGGCGAUCCAAGGAGAUCGCUGGCCUCGUGGAACGACUCUGUUCAUUUCUGCCGGUGGCUAGGGAUCACUUGCGGCGGACUCCGACAUCCUCAGAGGGUUGUGUCCUUGAACUUGAGCUCCCUCGAUCUGGCCGGUGUUAUUUCAACGGCCAUAACCAACCUCACAUUUCUCAGGGAGAUUGAUCUGUCGGACAAUCGUAUUAAUGGAAUCAUCCCACAAGAGAUUGGUCGCCUUCCCCGUUUGCAAUAUCUUGACCUGAGUAAGAAUUCUCUCGGAGGAGGUAUUCCUGCUUCACUCUCUCAGUGUUCAAGAUUGGAGGUACUUCUUCUGCGGGAUAACAAGGUCCAAGGUGAAAUUCCGGUCAGUCUCAGCAACUGCUCCAGCCUACAGGUCCUAAAUUUAAGAAACAAUAGCCUCACAGGACGUAUACCUUCUUCAUUAACAAGCCUUUCCUUGCUUUCUGUUCUAUCCAUGUCUGGAAACAAAUUAUAUGGUGGCAUCCCGCAUACCAUUGGAAACCUUACCUCUCUAACUCAACUCUUCCUGUACAAUAACAGCCUCAGUGGCAGCAUCCCAUCUAGCAUAGCUAACCUCACCGCUCUAACCGUACUUUCCUUGUUCAAUAACGAACUACUCACCGGCAGCAUCCCACCGAGCAUAGGGAACCUCAUUUCUCUUACUAGCCUUGAUCUUUAUAAUAACCAGUUAUCAGGAAGCAUACCACAUUCAAUCGGUAGGCUUUCUGAAUUAGAAGAACUUCUUUUGUCGUUAAACAACCUCUCUGGAGGCGUACCACCUUCACUGUGGAAUCUCUCCGCUCUUUCUUCUCUAGACAUGUCAUUGAAUUAUAACCUAUCUGGGUCACUCCCACCAAACAUAGGCCAAGCCCUUCCUCUGCUUGAAGGUUUUUACCUGGCCUUUAACCAAUUCCACGGACCUAUCCCAAUGUCAUUGUCCAAUGCAUCUCAUCUUGGAGUCAUUGAUCUUUCUGGAAAUAGCUUCAGUGGCAUAAUCCCUCCUAGCCUCGGACGUUUACGAGCUCUGCAAAAACUAAUUCUAUAUAGUAACCACUUAGAAACCAUGGCACCUGAUGGAUGGAAUUUCCUAACCGCUUUGACCAAUUGUACCCAGUUGGAGGGGUUGGCCCUAGGAGCAAAUAAUCUUAGUGGCAUGCUACCGAAUUCAAUCGCCAAUCUUUCCACCAAUCUUCAGCUUCUUGAUAUGUAUAAUAACUACAUCUCUGGAAAAAUAUCUUCUGAUAUCGGAAACCUCGUAAACCUUACGGUACUUAAUAUGGAUGAAAACUCGCUUUAUGGCUCCAUUCCUUCAAGCAUCGGGAAGCUUCGGAACUUGCAUCUACUGGAAUUGGAAAUUAACAAGCUAUCUGGAGAGAUACCAUCUACCAUCGGCAACCUUACUCAAUUGAAUGAACUUUAUCUAGAUUCCAAUGAACUGAGCGGGAAUAUACCAGCAAGUCUUGGAAAGUGCCAAAACCUAAUACGUCUAUACCUCGGAUAUAACAAACUUACGGGUAGUAUACCCAAAGAAGUUGUCUCCAUUUCUGGGCUCUCCAGAGGUUUAAGCUUGGCAUCCAAUUCACUGUCAGGGCCAAUACCAUCUGAAAUCGGGAGCUUAAUAAACGUGAAUUAUUUAGAUUUCAGCAUGAACAAAUUGUCCGGUGAAAUCCCUAUCACUCUCAGUGAGUGUCAAGUGCUGGAGGAACUUUAUCUUGGUGGAAAUUUCUUUCAAGGAAGUAUUCCUUCUUCUUUAGCCUCGUUAAGAGGCAUCCAGAAGCUCGAUUUUUCAAAAAAUUACUUGUCGGGAAAAAUACCUCUUUUCUUACAAGAUUUUCAUGGCCUAGACUAUUUGAAUCUGUCCUUCAAUAACUUUGAAGGUGAAGUGCCACUACUUGGUGUGUUUGCAAAUGCAAGUGCAGUUUCAGUUAUUGGAAAUAGUAAGCUUUGUGGAGGAAACCCAGGAAUGCAUCUGCCAGCUUGCCCUUCUGAACCCCUUAACAAGAAACAUCACUCGCGUACAGUAAUAGUGAUCUGCGGGAGUACUGUUUCAUUUAUAUUUGUGAUUCUUCUUUUCUGUUUCCUCGUAGUCCGAUGCCGUCGAAAAGGUUCAAGAAGAAAAUCUCUUGACUCAUCACCCACAAUCGAGCAAAAUGUGAAGGUCACUUAUGGUGAUCUAGUGAGAGCCACAGAUGGAUUUUCUGAGGGCAAUAUGAUUGGGACUGGUAGUUUUGGUACAGUAUAUAAAGGACUACUCGAUGGUGAAAGUAGGAAAGUUGUUGCUGUAAAGGUAUUGAACCUUCAAAUACAAGGAGCAUCGAGGACAUUUAUAGCAGAAUGUGAUGCUGUGAAAAACAUCCGGCAUCGGAAUCUUCUCAAGAUCCUUACAGUAUGUUCAAGUGCAGAUUUCAAAGGUAAUGACUUCAAAGCUGUAGUUUUUGAGUUCAUGGAAAAUGGAAGUUUAGAUUAUUGGUUGCAUCCCAAAGCAAAUGAGCAGUCCAAACCAAAGAAAUUGGACCUUACGGCAAGGUUAGAUAUAGCUAUUGACGUAGCUUAUGCUUUGGAUUAUCUCCACCAUCAAUGUGGCAAACCAAUUGUUCACUGUGAUCUGAAGCCAAGCAACAUUCUUCUGGAUGAUAAUAUUACUGCUCAUGUUGGUGAUUUUCUCGAAAAGGUUACCUCUCAGUACUCAACAAGUUCAGCUGGUCUCAGAGGAACUAUCGGGUAUAUUGCUCCAGAGUACGGAAUGGGGAAUGAAGUUUCAACUUGUGGAGAUGUGUAUAGCUAUGGGAUCCUUUUACUGGAAAUGUUUACAGGAAAGAGACCCACUGAUGAUACGUUUGUAGGAGGUCUUACUCUUCCUAUGUUUGUGAAUAUGGCAUUUCCUGAACAAAUCACAGAUGUCAUUGACGCUCAUUUGCUCACACCAAGUGAUGAUGCUGAAAGCAUGAAUUAUGCAAGAGCAACCAACUGCAUGGCUUCAAUUCUUAGAAUUGGUAUCUCUUGCUCAAAUGAAUUACCAGCAGAGAGAAUGGAGACGGACAAAAUCCUCGAGGAACUGCAUAUUGUUAGAGAUAUGUUCAUGAGGAAUGGAAAUUAUGGGGAGAGACAGAGAGUACUGCAGAGUGGUGAAGGUCCAUCUACAAAUAUUCACUGACAAACAUUGGACUAGCAUUGUCUGCUCGAGCAAACUACUAUAGAGGAAUGGAGAUAGAGAAUGUAUUGAAGCAGGCAAAUGGUAUCAGGAACAUAGAGAUUUAUAGCGACAAUAAGAGAGAUGAACUUUUUUUAUAUAUGUCCUCAUAGUGGUUUCUUUGUAAUCAGUAGAUUUGGAUUGUUUGGAAGUAUACAUUUAUCUAUUAUUCUAAAUCUUUUCCCGGUUGUUUCUCCUGUAACCCUUUUUGUUCUAUGAAUGGCCUUUUAUA